AUGGAUGGUUCCCACCUUAAAACCACAUAUAAUGGGACAUUCGUAUCAGCCAGUACUUUAGAUGGUGCAGGUAAUAUUCUACCACUGGCGUAUGGUGUGAUAGAUUCAAAGAAUGAUAAGUCUUGGACGUGGUUCUUUGAGCAGUUCAAGCAAGCUUAUGGGAUUAGUGAUAACAUGUGUGUCGUAUCUGACAGACACGAAAGCAUAAUCAAAGCUGUGUCUAGGGUGUAUCCCACUGAUGAGUUAGAUAAACAGAUGGAUAAGAUUGAGAAUGUUGAUACUCGGGUAAAGGAAUACUUCGAAUUAGUUGGAAGGGAUUUACCUGUUAACAGAGGAUGGACGAUGACUUCAAACAUAGCCGAAUGUAUUAAUGAAAAACUAGUAGCAGCUAGAGAAUUGCAUGUUUACAAUUUUCUUGAAGAAGUGAGGAAGAUGUUUGGGAGAUGGAAUUGCACUAAUAGGAGAAACGGUACAUACACAUUCCAGCAACUGUUAUCAAUAAACGAGUGCAAAUCUUUAUGUAUGAUGUUUAUUAUUGUACUGGUUGAAGUAUCAAUUGAAUAUGUGUAUACGACAAAUGAUGAAGCAAGGCGUUUCAUAAUUGAUUUGAAAAAGAAAACCUGCAGUUGUCGAAUGUUCCAAAUGGACGAGAUAACAUGUCCACAUGCGUGGGUUGUAUUGAAGAGUAAAAAUAUUGUGCCUGAUGAAUAUUGUCAGACCUUUUCAAACCGAAGAUAG